UUCAAUUUCCUCUCUUUUUUACACCAACACUUCUCUACCUUAAUUUUUCCUUCAAUAUGGCCUGUAACCUUGAAGCAAAAACUAAUGGAAUCUCACCUAACAGUUUUGAUAUCGAGAUACCCAUCCGUGCAAAUAAAGAAAGUGUUGAAAACGAGAGUAACAUUAAUUACUUUCAAAGGGCACAGUGGCUUAGAGCAGCCAUGUUAGGAGCCAAUGACGGAUUAAUCACUGUUGCCUCAAUGAUGAUCGGUAUCGGAGCUAUAAAAGAGGACAUCGGUGUAAUGAUCCUUACUGGUUUUGCCGGUUUAGUAGCCGGUGCUUGUAGCAUGGCUAUUGGCGAGUUUGUCUCUGUGUAUACUCAAUACGACAUAGAGAUAGCUCAAAUGAAAAGAGAAAGAGAAGCUAAUAGUAAUAAUACUAAUGGAGUAGUUGAUGAUGAAAGUACUGAAAGGGAGAAAUUGCCGAAUCCGUUUCAAGCGGCAUUGGCAUCGGCACUAGCAUUUUCUGUUGGUGCUGUUAUGCCAUUGCUAGCAGCUUCAUUUAUAAGGAAUCAUAAGAUGAGGAUGGGUGUUGUUGGCGGUGUUGUUAGCAUGGCACUGUUAGUGUUUGGAGGAGUUGGAGCAUUGGUUGGAAAAACUCCAGUGAUGAAGUCUUGUGUUAGGGUUCUUAUUGGUGGUUGGAUGGCUAUGGCUAUUACAUUUGGUUUCACCAAAUUGAUUGGCAGAACUGGAAUUUGAGUCUACUCAUAUGUUUCCAUUUUACUACAUGACAAAUGUUGGUCACUAGUUUUGUUAUAUUUUUAAUGGUGGGUGAUGAACUCGUGACUUUCUGGUGACUCCAAUCUCUAUCUAUUACUCCAUCAAAUAAUCAUUCAUCACUCCUUAACAUGUAGUAUUAUCAGUUAUAGUACUGUCUUUGUGUUUGUUGGGCUACUUUGUGUUAUAUUAUUGCCAAAGAUUUUAUGUUAUUUUCAUCUCUACAUGUUU